AAACCGAUUCGACAGUGAGGUAGCCGGUCAUCUCGUCAAGUUUCGUGGUCGAAGGACCCCAAAGACUCUACCGUAGCAGUGGUGAAAAAGUGUGUCGUGUGAAGACUCGAAGAAAUUCUAACACAGUGGGAUUUGCAUGAGUUGACCUGCAUAAUAGACUGUGGAUUGAAUUACCCACAUUAUAAUACUGAGGUCGCACACCAAAGCUACGACAAAAGGCAGAGGAAUUUGAAAGAUAAAGAAGUGGAACUGGCGGAGUUAGUUUAAUUAUCUUAAUGGAAAUGAAUUUCGGUGUACGUCUCACAGUGUUUUGACUUCCGCAGCUUUUGUGACCAACAAUUUGGUUUCGAGUGAAUCACAUAUAAAGCCCCGUUUUCUUUGGUCAUUACGGAGCGCAUUACAUCCCUCAGGCAAACGGCGGAAAGUGUGUCACUAGUUUUCAUGGAUGAGGAAAGUUUUUAGACUGCAGAGAGUGUGGCGUUCAAAUCCACUUGGCAGCUACUUGUUAAACGAGUUCAAAGAGGUACAUUUCCUUCUCACCACAAAUUAACACGAGCUGAAGUUGGAUCGUGGCACGUUUUUCACCCACAAAUGAUGGUCACAUCUUACCCAAACAUAACAAAUUUUACCAAAAGCGAUCCAUGUCCUUAUGAGCCUUACACGUCAACAGAGAAGGUUUUCCAGUGUAUUGCGUACUUCAUCAUUAUGUUUGGGUCCUUCAUCGGUAACGUGCUGGUCAUAUGCGUUGUCAUUCUAAACAGACAAAUGCGAACUGUCACGAACUAUUUGAUAGUAAAUAUGGCGGUGGCAGAUCUCUUGAUUACAAUAGUCAGUAUGCCGGUAACUGCAAAAGUUCUCGUGACAGGACGCAGCAUAAAUUGGUCAAAUGGUAUCUUGUACGAUAUUUUGUGCAAAAUAAUCCCAUUCAGCCAAACUCUGUCGAUCGCAAGCUCUGUUUUGAGUUUGACAGUCAUCGCUGUUGACCGUUUCUUGGCAGUAAUGUACCCUUUCAAGGGGUGCAUGACUUUUCAGAAAACGUAUGGUGCAAUGGCACUAGUUUGGUUCGUGGGUAUCGCAGUUAAUUCACCGACUCUUUACGCCCAAAAGAUUGUGUUUCUUGAACACAGUCAAAGAUGGACCUGCACGGAGAAGUGGGAGCCAGCAUUUACCGAAGGGGCAUACAAAGACUUUACAAUCGUUCUUUUUGUGAGUUUUUACCUAGUUCCUCUACUAACCAUGUCGAUUCUAUACAGCUUCGUCAUUUACAAACUCUGGGUGAGGAAAGUACCAGGAAAUCAAACUGCCGAAAACCAGCAGCGAUCCAACAAAUCCAGAAAGAAAGUUUUAAAAAUGCUUCUUGCUGUUGUCCUACUCUUUGCACUUUGUUGGCUUCCAGUGUACAUCACCCAAUUUAUAGGGUUCUUCGGCGAGGAGGAUUUUCCUUGCGGUGCACCAAAGACUUUGGCAAUUAUGGGCUACUUUUUGGGACAUGCUAAUAGCGCCAUCAAUCCUACUAUUUAUGUGAUAUUUAACUCUGACUUUCGUAAAGGUUUUCGAGAUGUUUUGCUGUGUCGUUAUUCACGCAGGAACAGAGUUGCUCGGCAAGUAAAUAUGGGAACCGUAACUGGAGGGGAAAAUAGUCACUAUGUUGAUGGUGCGACUAUCUUAGCGCGUAUCCGUACGCGCGGAGGAUCAAAAAUAUCGACUUGAUAGCAGCUAUUGUCAAAGUUGAUAUUUAUAUUGAAAACAGUGAGCAAUAUUACGAGGGUAGUAAGGGUUUUCAGAAAAUUAUUCUUGAAAAUGACUUUCAUACUAAAAAUGCCCGAACUUUGUGUAUUUUCAGGUGCAAAAUGAGAAUACUUUCACACCGUAAAAAUCGUUCAUUUUAGGUGCAAAUUGUAGAUACAUCUUUAAUUUUCAAAAAUCGGUGAGUUGAUUUAGAAGCAUACACUUCUAAAAUCCCAAAAAUUGAGUUUUACGAAGCGUAGUGGGCCAAUUUGGGCCCAUUCUUCUAUAAUUUACGCCUUCAAAUUUUUCGCUUUAUCGGUUAUUGAUAAGUAAUGAUGUCCUCGCGUUCUGCCUGAUGAUUUAUUGGCUAAAAUAAAACAUUACCUGUUGUAUAUUCGUCCUCGCACACUGUCCGCAUCCAGUUAACUCUUAAGAAGGGAAAGAUGGAAAGGAAAAAAUUUCUCCCAGAUGCUAUGAAGAAAACUGAAAGGCAUUUCACAGCUAAGAAAGAUGAUUUCCAAGUUUUAAUUUUAAUCACACUUUUUUUCGUGUAUUCGGCUUCACAAAUGUGAGACAAAAACGGUCAUCGAUAUCAGAUUUUAGUUUGAGAAUGGAAUUUGUGGCAAGCUUCAAGAUGUGAAUUAAAUAAUCGCCAAAGAAAAGAAACAAAUUUCACGUCAACUUUCAUUCGAAUGUGAUGAAAGUGUUCUUGAAAUAGCGCCUCACUAGUUAAACGAUGAUCCUCUUAAAUGUUUGUUUAUCCCUUCAGCCGUAAAAAGUUAUUGAUUUGAGUUUCCGCUGUUAGGUAUAUUGCAAACCCGCUCUCUGUAAACUUGUCAUUUAUGAAAAAAGCAAUAAAGUUUAUCUUGCAUUUUCUUGAAGAAAAAAAUAAUGUUUUUCAUACGUCUGAUUUCUCAUUGCAAAUGGGAAUAUCUCAGUCUAGUUAGACAUUUUGUCUAUUAUUAAGAGGAAGAAUUAAAGCUUAUUACUGGCUGGUGCGACAGCUAGCCGAUAUUCACCGCGUUUUGGGGAGAAUGGGAUUUAAUGUUUUGUUUACAUGUACUCAACAUCGUAUUAAGACUUAAAAAUCUGACAAGCUACCCUAGGGUAUUUCCUGAUACGCGAGGAGUUGACCAAUAUGCAGGAAUUAGGUCUCCGGCUAAAGAACUUGAUUUUAGAUCAAAUAGAUGGUUCGCUUUUUAAAGUAAAGCAACGAGAGCUUUCUUGAUACUAAGAGAACUUAAGUUUGAGAGUGAGUACCACUCAAUUUUAUUGCUCGAUUUUACUGAUUAAAUUUCGUCAGUAAAUGGCAGGCUGAAUUGAAAAUCAUAGACUUGAAAGCUUUUUCAGUUAAA